AUGUCAGAGGCUAAGAGGUCUAAGGAGGAGUGGAACGAUUACAAGCUGAAGUGGAACCCGGAUGACUAUGGUGGCGUUGACACAUUACACGUGCCUUCAGAACAUAUAUGGUUGCCCGAUAUAGUCUUAUAUAACAAUGCCGAUGGAAAUUAUGAGGUGACGAUAAUGACGAAGGCGAUCUUGCAUCACGAUGGGAAAGUUGUCUGGAAACCGCCUGCCAUCUACAAGUCAUUUUGCGAGAUAGACGUCGAAUAUUUUCCCUUUGAUGAGCAGACCUGCUUCAUGAAAUUUGGUUCUUGGAGUUACGAUGGUUAUACGGUUGAUCUGAGGCACUUAAAACAAACACCGGACUCGGACCAGAUACUAAUGGGUAUUGAUCUAUCAGAAUACUACAUCUCCGUCGAGUGGGACAUCAUGCGUGUACCGGCAACUAGGAAUGAAAAAUUCUAUUCAUGCUGUGAAGAACCCUAUCCUGACAUUAUUUUUAACCUUACUCUUCGAAGGAAAACACUUUUCUAUACAGUGAACUUAAUCAUUCCUUGUGUUGGCAUAUCCUUUCUCUCAGUUCUUGUGUUUUACCUGCCUUCUGAUUCUGGAGAAAAAAUAUCACUUUGUAUAUCUAUAUUGCUGUCCUUGACUGUGUUUUUCUUACUUUUAGCGGAAAUUAUUCCACCUACGUCGCUUACUGUCCCACUAUUAGGCAAAUAUCUAUUAUUUACUAUGAUGCUAGUCACAUUGUCAGUAGUUGUCACCAUCGUCGUUUUAAACGUUAAUUUUAGAUCUCCUGUUACACAUCACAUGGCCCCAUGGGUACGAAAAGUCUUUAUAGAUUUUUUACCUCGAAUAUUAUGUAUACAAAGACCAGAAAAGCCACCUGAUGAUGACGAAAACGAUAAACCAAGUGAGGUUCUGACUGAUGUAUUCGGGGGUGAUGAUCUAGAUGGAAAAUUCAAGGAAUGGGGUUGCGAGGAGUAUGAUCUACCGGGAAUGCCACCUUCUCCACCGCCUCCUCCGGGUGGUGAUGAUGAACUGUAUUCACCAUCUCCUGGUUCGCCAUGUCGACUUGAUUUAGACGACAGCAGUCCAUCUUUAGAAAAACCUUAUGUAAGAGAGAUGGAAAAGACAAUAGAAGGAUCCAGAUUUAUAGCACAGCAUGUUAAAAAUAAGGAUAAAUUUGAAAGUGUAGAAGAUGAUUGGAAGUACGUAGCUAUGGUAUUAGAUAGAAUUUUUCUAUUUGCAUUCACAAUAGCAUGUGUUCUCGGUACUGCGUUAAUUAUAUUCAGAGCGCCAACGUUUUAUGACAACUCUAAACCAAUUGACAUCCUUUACUCAAAGAUUGCAAAGAAGAAAUUAGAGUUGCUGAAAAUGGGAUCCGAGAGCGAUCCAGGUCUCUGA